AUGGCCCAGGUAUAACACAUUUGAUCGUUUGCAUUUAUGUCAUUAAUGCCCAUUUCAUAGAAAGCGCCUAUUUUAUGUCGUGUACGAAAACAAAAUUUUAAGCAGUUAUUCCUCUGUGUUUAGCGGACGAUUUAUUCUUUAACUUUCAAUAAUCAAUCCUUCGAUUUUCGCGUAAAAAGAAGGGUAUCAAAUUCAAGGUUCGACAACAGAUCGAAUCGCGAAGGGUUCUUAACUAUCACUUCGGUUGGCUCAGUGAAGUGGUUCCUCUUUCGAAAUCCUCCCAUCUCGUAGAAUCAGCCUAUUGUCUUGCAGCUCUCUAUAAUUUUCGCUGAUUCGUGUCGCCAAGGUAUGCAUUUUACAACCAUGUUUUGUUGACUUUCAUGCUAGGAAAUGGCGGGAAACAUUUCCACGUGCUCUAUGUAGCUGCUGCGUGAACCCGACAAUUUUGCUGAUGGUUCGUACGCAAUGCAAGCUCAUAUUUAAAACAGAUUUGAACUGUCAUUUAUCGCCGAUGCCUUUUUUAUCGACAGGACAACACAGAAGUACAUUUCAAGAUUAAGAAAACGACACAACUAAGAAAACUAAAACAAGCCUUUUGUGAUCGCCAGGUAACGCGAUGCUUACUUUAGUGUUGAAGCAUAAACUGAUGUUGUUCACGAUGUCUUUCACGCAAUUGUCACAUGAUAGCAGAGCAGGUUUUACUCUUAAGUCUUGCCUUGUGUUUCCAGAGGUUAAGCGAAAAAUUUAGGUUGCUUUUUUUGAUUUUGAAUACAUCGUGUAUUCCAUGGGGUGCUGACCAAAAAUAACGAACUGGUCAAAGGUUAGAGUUUAUCUAUUUUAUACAAAGUAGAUGCCCUAUAUUCACAGCUAAAUUUUUGUCUUUUUGUUAAGAAUCGUGAUGUAGAGAAAACACCGUAAUGAUCAUCGUUUUCCUGGCCCCAGAUAGUCAAACAUUGGAUAGAGUUAUACAUAUUUCGGACAACUGGAGCCUGUCCGGCAGUCUAAGGUUGUUUACCAUUUACCACAAAUUCCGGGAAAUUCCUGUUGGGAUGCAAAUGGUAAAUGGUUUUUGGUUCAUCCCAUUGGAAAAUUCCCGGGACAAACAAAAAUUCUGAAAAGGUAGUCCUGUUUUCCUAGUUAGCACAUUCUGAAUGGAAAUUUUUUUUACUAUUUACAAGUUUCUUGAGUUUCAUACUAGUUUCAUGUUGCAACUAGAAUCCAAUCUAGCGCAGCGCGACAAUUGGGAAAUUUUAGGCAAAUGGUAAACGACAUGUACUGUUCUUACUGACAGAAAAUUCACAACCAAAAUUUCCCGUUUUUUUAACAUGGUAAACAACCUUAUUGCUAAGGCCUAGGCAAGUCUGUUGUAACUACAUUAGUAAACUAAGACAAGCAUGCAACUCCCCAGGACAAACAAAGCAGGUAGAAAUAACUCAAGAUUUUUCAAGCAGUUCCUAUUUUUUUUCCUCUGCAUUUAUUUUAAAGGGUGUUGCACUCAACUCGCUUCGAUUCCUCUUUGAUGGACAAAGAAUUAAUGACGACCAGACGCCGAAAGAUGUAAGUUUGUAUUUACACGUAGUCAAUUUGAUUUUUUGGUAGCCCCUUACACUUCAUCUUAAGUGUAGUGUGACUGUGUUACUUCCAAACACUUUACAGUGCACACUCUUGAACCACGAACACUUCAACAUUUUGUCUGGAAUUUCUGGUGAUAAACCAAUCAGCUUUCCUCAUAAAAAACAAAAGAAUCAAAAUUUUUUAGGCAGCAACCAAUCUGUGAGGUUGCGCUGAGACAUGUUUCAACUUUUCAUGCAUGCAACUCAUCUUCUAGGAUUGAAAUAAAUGCAUGAGCCUUGUUAUGAGGUGAAUCUGCGAUUGGACGAUGCAAAAAAAGCAAAAAUUUGUUAUUCCUGUUGAGUGACUGUCCAAACUGUAAUAUAUUUGGGAGUAGGAAAAAGUUGUACAUGGUGAUGAGUGAAAUAGAGGUCAUAGCGUAAAACACUACCACAAGCCUUAUCCAACCAAGACUAUUUCUUAUCAUUGGCUUGAUUAAAAAAUUACUUUUAGUCAUGAAAAAAAAAAAAGACCAAACAAAACAACCUAGAGUACAAAAAGAGAGAACCAAAAUGUUGUGCAAAGAGGUGGGGCUUAUAUGUGAGUUUUGCAGCGCAAAUCAGACAUUGGGGUUCACGCACUUCAGUCACAAAGUUAAAAAUGUUUUCACUUUUGUAAGUUGAGUGAAAAAUCUGUUGUUUUGCCUUUUAGCUUGAAAUGGAAGAUGAUGAUGUUAUUGAAGUCUAUCAAGAACAGACAGGAGGCCAAUGAAUUUUACCGCGACAUCCCAACAUUAACACUGCCUGUUACGUUCUCCUUAGAAGUACAAAUACCACCAAAGUUCCUGUUGUGUUCAGAUUCUAGAUUCAAUAUACCAUAUGCAGCAAUUCAUUGAUUUUAGAAUGAAGUCUUUGCAGAAAACAGGGCAUUUUUAGUUAGUUAUUAUUGCUACUAAAGUAAUGUAUAAAGGACUUAGUGGAUUUUGUGAGUAAUUUUUUGCCUCAUCUUUUGUUCAGUCAGUUGAUUUUUCUUGCAUUAAUUUGUCUGUAAAGGAAACAUUGCUUGUAAAGUCCAGCUUAGACAUUAAAAGUGUACUUUUAGUGAAGGGUUUCAUUUUUUAUUCUUGAUGAACAUGAAUAUUGCACCUUAAAGGUUUGCCAACAGGCAGGGUAAAUAAACCUCUACUGUUAACAUUUGUUAUUUUUUUUCUUUUCUUAAGAAAACAUAGAUCACUUAGAACUUUUGUUGUUUGCAAAUUAGAGGAUUUACACAAAUUUGGGCACGUGUUAAAGCUAAAGGCAGCCACCCUUCUCAUGUUAGAAGCCUACCACACAAUUAUAACAGACUCUUGCUAACAUGAUGACAACAAUUGUCAAUUGUUAUUUUUAUUAUUAUAUACAUCUUGUCAGCAGUAACUGAUGCAGAACGGCAACAUUCAAGAUUCAAACAAUGUUCAAGGCUGUAUUUGAUUGACCUUGUGUACAGAAAAAUCCAAAAUAUCCAUUCUAUUCACGUACUAUUCCUAUCCUGGAAUAAGAGGAAUUUAAAUUAUUGGAAAGGUUGUACACCAGGGAGCAGAAGCCUUGUUAAAAAUAAUAAUAACAAUAAUGGCAUUUUCCUCGAGAUAACAAAGAAUGGUGGGUGUCAUCAGACACAAAUGGCACUUUAACAGAAUGGCACUCCAUAUUAAAAGGUAGGGAUGUAACUAUUACAUAAAGAAAAGCACAGGCGGGCCCAUAUGCCUAUGAAGAGAAGCCACUUCUGCAGUAGCUUACUUGCACUUUUUAAGUAUUUAGCAAACAAAUUGUCAUGUACAUGUGCAUAACAAUAAAUUUCCCCCAUCAAAUCUUGUGUCAUGUCUUUUAUAAAAAGAAAAAUAUUUUUGUG